ACUACUUUAAGUCCAUUGCUUUUUGCCUGCCUAUACAGAUCGAAGAAGAAGAAGAAGAAGAAGAAAGAGCAGUCUUUAAUUCAAGAAAAAUGGCAAAAUUGCUAGUGUUUUUUGCUCUCUGUUUGCUGCCGGCAAUUGCCAGUGCUGCCCGAAUUAUGAGCAACCCGUUGAUCGUAAAGGGUCGAGUCUAUUGUGACACUUGUCGGUGCGGGUUUGAGACUUCUGCCACCAAAUACCUCCCGGGUGCCCGUGUUAAACUGGAGUGCAGAACCCGUGACACUUCGCAAAUCACCUAUAUGGUGGAGAGUGUGACAGACUCGACCGGAUCCUACAACAUCUUGGUGCAGGACGACCGUGAGGAUGACAUAUGCGAGGCAGUGUUAGUAAAGAGUUCAGACCCUGAAUGCAACAUUCCGAGCUCUGGUCGUGCGCGUGUCAUUCUUACCCGCAACAAUGGCAUGAACUCGAAUGCUCGUUUCGCCAAUGCCAUGGGAUUCCUCAAGAAUGAACCUUUGGCUAGCUGCCCUGAAAUCCUCCAGAAAUACCAGGAAACUGAAGAUUGAGGCAAUUGUUAGCUGUUACUAGUCUUAUGCAUAAUCACAUCUUAUCAUAUCAUAAUAUUGUAUCAGCAUUUGUGUCUUUCUGUUCUUAUUGGUUUAAAAUGCAUAUUUAAUGUAUCUGCAUUGAAUGCUUAUGUUUGUUAAGAGUUUAAGACACAUUCAUCAGUCUCUCAGCAUGCUUAA